AUGCCAUUGGGUGUAUAUCACAUAGGAAGUUGUAUUCGUGAAGAGGAGAAGGUGUAUUCGUUAGUAGUUGGGUCAUUUCGAGCUGUCAGCUGUUCAUAUUCUUCUUUAUGUUUCAAACACAAAAUCGACAUCUCUCAAGAAUUUAUUAAACUCAAUUUUCAUAUGAACACAUUUCCUCAUCUAAUUGAAGAGGAAAAGUCCAUCUAUUGUUAUCCACAUUUAGAGACAGAUCAACGUUCAGAAGAAUUAAUUACUGUGAAGGCUUGGAAAAUUAUAAAUGUUUGGGAUAAUAGCGAUGAAAGUUUAAUUGGCAAACGAUUAAUUGUUUUACAUUUAUUGCCCAAUUAUAUAUUCCCUUCUUGCAUAAAAAAUGGGACAAUUAACGAAGAAGAGAAGAUGGAUUUCCCAAUAUGUUCUUUUGCAAUUGAAUUUGUAAGUUUAGUUCCUAACCUAAUAUAG